AUGGCAGGUGCAAAACCUGUUACUAUGCCACUGGCCAGUCAUUUCACAUUGAGUAAGUCACAAUGCCCUAGUACUGAAUCUAAACAGAUUAGGAUGGAACAUAUACCAUAUGCAAAUGUGAUAGGAUCCCUAAUGUAUGCCAUGAUUAGCACUAGGCCUGACUUAGCCUUUGCAAUAUCCUUACUCAGUAGGUAUAUGUCAAACCCUGGUAUGGAACACUGGAUUGCCUUAAAAUGGGUUCUUAAAUACGUAAAUGCUACAUUAAAUGCUGGGUUGUAUUACUGUAAAAGGACUACUUCACUUGAGUUGGUUGGUUUUGUAGAUGCUGAUUUUGCAGGUGACAAGGACACCAGAAAAUCAACCACUGUGUACUACUUCACUUUAGGUGGAAACUACAUCAGCUGGAAAUCUCAGUUACAACCGAUAGUUGCAUUAUCCACAAUAGAGGCUGAAUAUGUGGCUGUGGCUGACAUAUUCAAAGAAGCUAUCUAUUUUAAAGGAAUUCUCAGUGAAGCGAAAUUGACAAAUUAG